CCGCUCGCCCGCCCAGCCCAGCCGCCCGCGGAUCGCGCCUCCUUCGGCAUGCUGCAGCUCCUCUGCGUCCUCCUGGCCUCGGCGGCCGCCGCGGCUGCUGCGCAAGAGGCUCAAGAGCAACCCUUUGUGAGUGCCUGGCCAGAAAACCCUGUGGUGGAAUUUGGAAGCUCCUUGGUGUUAAACUGCAGUACCAACUGCAAGAACAUCCGUGAUGGUGGCCUAGAGACCAACCUAGACAAGAAGGACGAAGGAGAGGGCCCCACGUGGAAAGCGUUCAGGCUCUUCAAUGUCAGCAACUGGGACUCUGCACCUUCAUGCUAUUUCGACUGUGGCGAGGAUGUUGACAUGAAGCCCCAUCGUGUGAACUUCACUGUUUACCGAGUGCCAGAGCUUGUAGAGCUGGAUCCGGUGCCAGUGAUGGAGGUGGGAAAGAACUACACCUUGACCUGCCGGGUUUCCAGCAUGGCCCCCAUCCGCAACCUGUCUGUGGCCUUCCUCCAAGGGGGGAAGAGACUGCACCUGCAGACUUUUGAGAAGCACGCUGCACGCGAAGCCAGUGAUGUUGUGGUGACCCACAUUGUAACUGCUCAUCAGGCUGACCGUGGGGAGGAAAUCAGCUGCCAUGCGGCCCUGGAUUUGCGGCCGGAAGGGCAGCUCUUUGGACAGGCCUCCCUCAACCAAUCGCUGGAGACUGUGGAUUUUCCAGUGAAUCCUCAGCUGAGACCUUUACGCUACAUGGAGGUAAACACCUCAGAGACGGUGACCUGUGAAGUGACUGGGGUUUUUCCAGCCGAAGAGGCCCAGUUUGAAAUGACUUUUGCUGAGGAGAGAUUGAACCUUAGUGUGACUGUGGUGGGGGAUGUGGCACGGGCCCAGGCUCAGGUCUCGUCCUCCAUAGCGGGAAGCCACACCCUGAAAUGCACAGUUUCUCUGGGGCCAGUGACCAAAACGGCAGAGGAGAACGUAAAUGUGUACUGUUUGCCUGACCUUGUCCUAACCCUCAGUCCCCAAGAGACCUUUGUCAACGAGGCUGUGGAGGUUGCGUGCUACGACGCUCACCCUGAGGCCACCCAGUCCCCUCCCUUUUCAGCACAUAUUCGAAACAGCAGGGGAGUCUUAGAGUCUCGAGACAGCCUUCCCUUCCGGGUUUCAGUGACUACGACAGAAGAGGACGAUGGGCAAGAAUUCACAUGUCAAGUGGACACAGAGAUUGAUGGGAGGCCAAUCAGAAGGAAGACGUCUUCAAGUCUCACUGUCUUCUAUGGGCCCCAGAUGAAUGAUUCCAGCUGCCCCGGUGCCCUGACCUGGAAGGCUGACAGUAAGGAAGCCUUCCGCUGUUCAGCCUGGGGAAACCCACCACCAACCGUCGAAUGCAGAAAACACGAUGUGCCUUAUGCCAUUGGGAUGCCACAGCUGGUCACCAAAGACCACCAAGGCAGCUAUAACUGCAGUGCCUCCAAUUGGCUCGGGUCUGUUGCUAAGUUGGUGGUGGUUAAUGUUGAAUCUGAUGAGCCCCCAACCCUUUUAAUAAUCUUGGUGAUUCUCAGUUUGGCGUCUCUCGCCUCUGCAGCUGGAGUGGGCUAUUAUAUGUACUACAAAGGCCAUAAAUGCGGGAAAUACCGCUUACCAAGGAAAGCGAAGGGAAAUCCCUCUGAGGAAAAGCACCUGAAUGGCAGCAUACAGACUGACAGUGUCUAAGUGGACAGACGGUUUCUGGGAACUGGAGAGAAGCAUGGCCCCGAGGCAGCAAAGCCAGAGCGGCUGUCAGGGUUCCUCACACCACUUUGUUGUGGGGAGAAAAUGGGAAAACCUCUGCAUGCUGGGCAGUGACGUGACUGGAUGAGAGUGGCAGAUUUUGCACUUUAUGUGAAACACUAGAGUUCACUACAGGAGGUGGAAGCAGAGAUACUGGCUUGCACUGGGUUGCUGCUUCUUAAGAAUGUUCUCUGCCCAUCCAAGAUCUCUCCCCAAGACUCCCACCAGUCAAAGAGCAGAGUUCUCCAUAUGCCGAUCUGCCCAGAACAGAAGUCCUAGAGGAGUUCUGGCUGUGUUGAGCUGUUCGGUGGAAAAGAACAGCAGAAGACUGGGUUUGAAAAGAGGAGGACAGAAGUGCGGCAUCCAUCUGGCGUCACAUUCCAUAAGAUGAACUUUUAUUUACUGUUUACAUGAACUUGGAAAGCAGUAUUAGAGAGAGGACAAGCAACUCUCUGCUCUGUUCUGCAAAGCCCUCUGGGAUGCGGAGAACCUAUUCAGCACCCCCCACUUAAAGUCACAGUGUCCUCACAGCAGGGUCCUCUUCUGUGAGCAUUGGAGGAUUGGGGCUGGAGCUCUUGACAUUUGUGGUGUGAUGUAAGCCCCUGGAUCCCUUUGCUGCCACUAGAUGUGGCAACAAUACGCUGGAGGCAACAAUAUGAUUUCUAUUUCUGGACACACACAUACUCGUAUUUCAUGUAGCCACUUGCCACCAACUGGAACUUAAAGUAAGGUCCUGGCUCUUCUAAUUGUUGCAGGGGGCUCUUCUUUCUUUGCAAUUGAGCUCAGGGUAUCUUGUUUAACAAUCAUACUCCAUGUCGUUAUUUAUGAAUGUCAAGCUGGCUAUGUGGAAAACGUCUCUAAGAAUGUCUGAACUCGUAAAGGCACAGAACUGUUGCCCAUUUGGCCGCCGCCCUUGACCGCACUGGUGGUUCACACCUGUUCUGAAGCAAGGACGCACUUCUCAACGGACUCUACUUUUUGGAUUCACUCUAACAGUGACUGACUCUUUCCCACUCCCCAGUAUAAAAUGUAAGAAUCUCCUGUCAGUUAACACUGAGCAAAUUUAUUCUAUUUUUUUAUGUUUUGUAUUUAUAAAUAAAUAGCAUUCCUGAGCCACCAGCUGCCUUUCACACAUUGUGCAAGACAAACCCAAAUUUUCAGGGCUGCCUCGCCCUGUUCGUACUGGUCCUCUUUGUUCCUCCUGGCUUUAUUCCUCAUCUGUGGGAGUUGCAACCGCUUCUUAAGAUCUGAUCUAAGGCUGAAAACCAUGUCUUUAUCAUAAAGUAAAGAGUCCAGCAUGCUACUGGACUUUUUACUGUUUUGCAACUACAGCCUAACAUGGCUAACUCGUCUGGAUCUAUUUAUCAUAAAGGAUGUAGCUAUGUCUUUGAAACACCACUAGGAGAUGCUAGAGCACAUGUUUUCACAUUCUUCCUUUUUCACAUAGGAGGCCAUAAUGGAUUUUAAACAUCAUAAAACCUGAGUGCUUGGCUUUCAAUUUAUGUUUAGUUUCUCCCCUGUUAAUGCAGGCCAAAAUACAGUGUUUACAUCUAGCAACUCUGAUGUGUGCAAAAGAGAAUCAAAGGCACGUUAAGAUGCGAGAAAACCCUCAGGGCUGCCUUUGUGCACAGAUAUUUUGAAAGCACAACUAAAGUAUGAAUGCAACAAAUCGAUGUUGGUAUACAGAGGUUAUGGAGUGAGGAUUGGCCUGACUCCAAGUUCCAGUAAGCCCGCGUUUGUUGCCGAGGUAACAGAUGAAAUGGUCCUUGGGUGUUAAAACAGGGAGAAAGCGCUCUUGUAGAUGCUUGAAUGUUGUUAUAGGAGCAUUUGGAUUUCGGGAGAAUUGAAAAAAAACCCACCAGUGUUUUUGCAUUAUUUUAAAAUCAUUGAGGGCAUAAUUGAGUUGAUGAAUAUUCAAAUACCAGUUUCAAAUACCAAUACUAUAUGAAUAUGAUUAUUCAAACACCCAGACUAACAAUCUCCGAUUAAUUGGCGCGUGUGUCAGUUUUGUUAAAGCCUGCCAGAUGUGAUGGAAUUUGUUUUCAAAAUUCUGUUCACAUUGUGAUCUUGAAUGUUAGUGUUUUUAUUGCAGACACAAAGUAAUGAAACUGAUACUUUAAUUCUUCUCAUGCCAUCUGCUUUAGAUAUAGCUGGUAAAAUGCGGAGAUUUUUUUUUUAAUGGAAAUAAAUUUUACAGAAC